UGAUCAUCAUAAUUAUUACAGUAACAAUACCGUAGUACCUUUGAGUGCCCCAAUAAAAUUCAUCUAACUGUUUGUCUGCUAAAAUUAUCCCAGCUUGAGUUACUGGUUGUUGUAGUAAAAGAUAAACUGAAGUAGCCAGUAGAGCAUAGUGGCAGUAUAAAUCGUCAGGAAGAAUUCCUUUUAGUACAGGCAGACAAUAGUAUAAGAGCCAUGAACGGACUUCUGAUGCUACAGUAUAAUUUUAUGAAAGUAUAAAUUCGAUAAAAAUAAUAAAUUGCUUAACCCUUUAACGCAUUUUACGUCUUUGUUUAGCGCUGACGAUUUUACUCGUCAAGGAAGCCCGGUCUUGCAUCUUACUGGUUGUAAUACUGUUCACAUGCAAUUAAGCUCCUAGCAUUAAAUUGUACCAGGAUCAAAUGACAAAAAACAACAAUGAUACAUAGCCUGGGCCUCCUGUACAGGCAACUGCGAUGGAGAGACCAAUAGUUAGCGAGAUAUUUGACGUCCCACUCUAUCCUUCAACUACCUCUCACUUAAGGUGUUUCAAGAGUUACCUGCGGAGGUGGCUACAUUAUAGCUACCUUCACAGUAUUUUCUAUCUUUAAUAAGGCUUCUUGGCAAUCUUGUGAUAAAGUCUGAUGGUUAGCAUUGCUGAAGACGCUUAUCUACAUCAGAGAUCUUGUUCCCAAUGUAAAUUUUUUUUUCUUAUGUUUGUUAUCAAACCAGAAUGAAAAAAACAUUUUAACAAUACCAAGAAGAACACCAUGCACGUAAUCAAUAGGCAUGCCCCUUACAACAUCAAAAGCAUCAAUCAAGCUGAGAAACCAUUUUGACACCACAAACCUAAAAAGAAACAAAAAAUCAUUACACUGUAAUUACAUAUUUUUUUACAAUUUAGCUGUUUGGGAUCUUUGAAACAGGUUACCUGAUUCCUAACAUGGGUGAAGAUUACUGAACUUAAUAUAAAUGGAACGCUAACUUCAGAUAAACCUAUGCAUGUUUGCUUAAAGCAAAAGUUUGACCUCCAGCACGCGUGUCUGACCCCCAGACGGUACGUCUUUAUGUUACGGAUUCACUUCGUGUCAGGAUUCCUAAGGGUGUCCAGAGGGAAAAUGUAACUUUUGGGUGGAGGUAGCAUUCCAGCAAAUACUUUAACAUGAAAAUAUUCAACCUCAUUAUGUUACAUAAAUGCUGGAUCCAUCGCGGUCAACAUAGGACUUACUGGAGUUCCAUUUUGCUGUGCCGAUAGUCAUUGGGUCAGUGUUGUUUGCUUUGUCCUUAAUUUGUGUGAUUGACCAACAGAGUAUGGGUAAACUUGUGUGUGACCUUUUAAGACAGGAACAACUUCCCCUUCAUGUUCACAAAAGGAACAACCACACUUCCCAUUAUAUUGGUGAAUCCCUGCAAGGCACAUUUUCCUGGUAGAUCUGCAGUUCCAACGAGACAAACUGCAUGGCACACAAAGCUUUCUCCAUUGCUAUUUACUGGGAUCCCUAAAAAAGACACAUUACAGCAGCGUUGGUCUAAUUAAAAACACCAAGGUGGUGGUUUUACUUCAAUGGAACAAAAUUGCACCAUACAGGUCGACAUGCAAUAUGGUGACCUGUACGUGGUUAUCAGUGCAACUCUUGAACUUUAAAAUGCCAAAAGCUGUACCAAGUGCAAUACGUAUGCCUAUAGUCGUGCUAAAAAUGUUCACAUUAUUAAAAACGAGUUCUUACUUACCUUUUGUUUUAAUAUUAUUAAUUUGUUCACGAAAUGGAGAAAGAAAGAUCGGCAUCGAUGGUUUGCUUGGCCCAAACCAAAUUCCAGCUAGCAUCAUUCUUUCAGUGCUGAACCUGUAAAAAUGUUUGUUUAAGUAAUCAAAUUAAGAUGUACACACAUACUCUGCAUGUACUAACAAUUAUUUAGUUACAAAAUUUACUAGCCUCCUCCGCAGGCAACUCGUUGGCAAAAAUAUUGCAUGUCUUUGGAUGGAGAAUACUAUUGUUGAGGGAUGUUGAGAACUGACAGAUAAGCCUUUACAAUUAUGUAUUACAUAGAUAGAAUAGUUAUUAGUAUUAGUACUAGCAAUAUCAAUUAUUAUUAGGGAUAUCACGUGACACUGUAACAAGAGAUGAGUGAGAAUAGGUAGUGACUAGGGACACGCUGUGAGUGCAUCGAGCACGAGUAUUGUUGUUGUUGUAGAAUUAUAUUUUUAUUAAAUGGUUUUUAUUUUGUGACUUGUCGAGGACUACAGUUUGGAGGCAACAUUCUCGACACGUGGCACCUCCGACGGGAUAGCUGAAACGCCAGCUAUAUUCGAAUACGAGCGAAUAAAUUUUAACGACACGCGGUUGUCGGCGAUAGUAUGGAGAAAAGGUUAGAGACAAAGCUGAAGCAGUUGAAGCUUGGCGUAGAACGAACAGAAAAUGUCUUGGACUCAGGUAAGCCUGAUAGUAUUAAGCGGCAUCUCAAUGCGCUGCGUGAAACGGUUCGUGAAACGAACGAACAUAAACGUGUUGUUGAAGCAGAAAAAAUUGAGGCCGACGAAAGUAUUGAAAAAAUUAACGAAUGGAAUCUAGGGAUCGAAGUCAAAAUUGAACAGGGAGAUGGGGAAAUAAAACGUUUAGAACAAUGGCUUUUCGAAAAGGAACAGUCUGAAAAACACGUAGCGCAAGAGGAGCAGUUUAAAAUAGAAUUGAAAUUGCAUGAAAAACGUCUAAAGAUGAAAGCCGAACUCGAACUGACACAAACAAAACCGGAAAUACAGGAAUGUUCUGACUUUAAAACUGCCAAAUUACCCAAACUAGUUAUAUCCAAAUUUGAUGGUUCGUUCAUGGAUUGGCCUAGAUUCUGGGGACAGUUCAACGAAGCUAUUGACAAAAGUUCGAUUGCCCCUAUCACCAAGUUUACGUACUUGCGAGAGCUACUCAGUCCUAAGGUUAAACGUUGUGUAGAAACCUUGCCAUUUACAUCAGAAGGUUAUAACCGGGCCAAGUCAAUUCUUCUCGAUAAGUUUGGGAAAGAAUCGGAGAUUGUCAAUAGCUACGUGAGGGAAAUAUUAGAGUUGCCUUAUAUAACCAGCGCAAACCCACGUAAAGUAGCAGAGUUCAGCGAGAAAUUGACCUAUUGUGUCCAAGCGCUUGACACUAUGAAAAAGCUUGAGCAAGUGAGAGGAAAUGUCGCGAUGACACUGGCGAAAUUAGUUGCAAUUAGGGGGGAUUUGGUCCGUACCGAUCUCGAUUGGGAGUCCUGGGACUUCGCUAAGCUAAGCGAAGCUGUACGUCAAUGGGUUAAACGAAACCCAGCUGUUUCAAACGAGAAAGAGCGCGACAAACGUAAGAGUAUUUUUCAUGCGCGCGAGGAUGAAGCGAGAGUACGAGGCUGUGUUUAUUGCGAGGACACUGGGCAUAAGGCGACGCAGUGCGACAAAAUAACGGACACGAGCGAACGGAAGAAAAUCUUAACUAAAAAGGGUCUGUGUUUUAACUGCGCUACAAGAAAGCAUCGCGCAGCGGAAUGUUCUAGCAAAGCCUCAUGUCAGCAUUGUAAAAAACGUCAUCACUCAUCAAUUUGCCAACAACCACGUCAAUCAUCCGGAAACGAGGGGAAAUUGAUGACAGACGGUGGAAUUGGAGAAGGAAUAUUCCCUGUAGUCGUAGUGAAGGUAAACGGUGUUAUGUGUCGCGCACUAAUUGACUCUGGCGCCGGGGGGUCAUAUGCGUCUGCAAGUCUUGUAGCGAUGAUUGACAAAAAACCGAGCGAGACGAAGUUACAACGUAUUGAUAUGCUAAUGGGAUCAAAGACGGCACGUCUGGAAUAUUACGACACGGAAAUUAGCGCUCUAGAUGGAAGCUACAAAAUGAAUGUGAAAAUAGCUAAAGUGGAAAAACCAGAACUCCUCAAUAUAAUUAACCCUGGGUACGAGGAGUUAAGACGCAAGUACAACCACCUUCAAGGCGCUGUUAUCGAUGAUCCUGAUACGAAAGAGAAGCUACCCAUUCACCUAGUGUUAGGAAACGGCGAAUACGCGAGAAUUAAAACGAGCACAAAACCUCUUAUCGGCGGCGACUACGAGCCAGUGGCAGAAAAAACGAAAUUUGGUUGGUUUAUCAUGAGCCCUGGAAUCGAUUUUGACCGUAAUACGAUGCUCUUGACUCAAACAGCGCACUCGGAUUUUGAACGUCUAUGCAAAUUGGAUGUUCUCGGGCUGGCUGAUACGACGGAAAGCGACCAGAGCGUAGUAUACGAAGACUUCAAAGAACAGCUGACGAGAGAUCCUGAAGGUUGGUACGAGACCAAUCUUCCAUGGAAAGCCAACCAUCCCAGUCUACCUACGAACGAAGCAGCCAGUAGACGACGACUGACGUCUGUAGUAAAGAAACUAACUCGUGAGGGGAACUACGAACGAUAUGAUGAUAUUAUACGAGAGCAACUUAACCAAGGCAUCAUAGAACGAGCUCCAAUCGAAGCGAGUGGCAAAGAGCAUUAUCUACCACAUAAAGGUGUUAUCAAACAGUCGGCAGAAACCACGAAACUACGUAUAGUUUUCGACGCCUCGGCGAAGGAAUCAAGUGAGCAACCAUCACUGAACGAGUGUCUUUACCCUGGCCCACCACUCCAAAAUCAACUGUGGAAUGUUCUCGUCCGAGCACGAUUUUAUCCCAUCCUUUCGACCAGCGACAUCGAGAAAGCGUUUCUACAAAUUCGCAUUAGAGAACAAGAAAGAGAUUCCUUACGGUUUUUCUGGAGGAGCCCAGGAAGCGAAGAGACGAUGGUGUAUCGGUUCACUCGAGCCUUGUUCGGAAUGACGUGCUCACCAUUCCUCCUCGGUGGAGUUAUCAACGAACAUUUAAAACGAUGGGAGACCAAAUAUCCAAACCUAGUUAAAGAAAUCCGAGACGGAUUAUACGUUGACGACCUAAUGACGGGGGGAGAAUCGGUAGAAACUGUGACAACGAAACGUGAAAAAGCAAUCGAAGUGUUCGAAGACGGGUCAUUCAAAUUGCACAAAUGGCAUUCGAAUGUUAUGAGUCUUGAAGAAAACCUACAAAAACCUGUGGACAACGAAGAACUUUCGUUCGGAAAAGCUCAACUCGGUACGAACAAGAGAGAAACGAAGUUGCUCGGUCUAACGUGGGACAAAACGAAGGACACACUUAGUGUUGAGACAACUCAGAAGCCAGUAACAACCAAACGAGAGGCAUUAUCGGAGCUAGCGAAGGUUUAUGACCCGUUAGGUUUGGUUUCUCCAACAACCGUAGUCGCGAAACAACUUUACAGAGAAAUGUGCGAAGCCAAACUUCCAUGGGACGGGCCGUUAACGGAGCAAAUCAAGAAACGAUGGGAAGAGUGGCAACUUGUAGUAUCGAUGACGUUUACAGUACCACGCAGUUUAGCACCGUUUUUCCAACCUGUAACAGCAGUCACCCUCCACGCGUUCGGUGACGCCAGCAAACUCGGUGUGUCAGCAGCAGUGUAUGCGGUCGUAGAACAAGAAAACGGCACAACUCAAGGUUUGGUUUGCUCAAAGUCACGUCUUGCCAAGAAAAGCCUUACCAUACCUCGGCUCGAACUCGUAGCUGCUCAUAUGGCGAAGAAUCUUGUAAUGAAUGUAGAGCGUGCGGUCGAUGCCGUAAAGAUCGUGGCAGUCCAUUGUUGGAGUGAUUCUACCGUUACCCUUUACUGGAUCAACGGCCAGGGGGAGUAUCGACAGUUCGUUUCCAAUCGUGUGGCGAAGAUAAAGGAGCAAGCACAUAUACAAUGGCAUCAUGUUCCCACCGGAGGAAACCCAGCUGACUUGGGGAGUCGAGGAAGCAAGUGUGUAGACAGCGAGCUAUGGCGACACGGUCCUGACUGGUUGAGUGAUCCGAGCAAGUGGCCCCCAAAUAUUGUCCUGGAACCCAGUCAAGAAAGCAGAGCUGAAGCGAAGAUCUUGAAGAAUGUCUUCACCACGACAACAGCACCACCGAGAGUUCCCGAUCAACUAGACGAGCUACUCGAAGCGCAUGAACUUCGCAAGGUCCUAAAGAUUGGAGCAUGGAUACGAAGGUUCAUUGAAAAUUGUAGACGUGCGGUCAACGAACGAGAACAUGGCCCCAUAAAGACCGUUGAGAUUGAGACACAACUUUCGUGGUGGAUCAAAAGAGCACAGUGCGACGCAACGAACAACGACGAAAUCGGGAAAGACGGGGUGAACCUGAAUCUUCAACCAAACGAGGGUGGAAUCUUAGAAUGUCGUGGACGAAUCGAAGGAGAGUAUCCUAUCUACAUACCCCAAAGUCACCCAUUCGCUCGUAAGCUAGUGGAACGAGCUCACCAUUCGACCUUGCAUGGUGGAGUAGGAAUGACUAUGGCUAAGAUCAGGGAGCAUUACUGGAUCCCGAAACUACGACAGCUAGUCAAGCGAGUUAGAACCGAAUGUUGGGGAUGCAAGAGAUUUCGAGCCCAAUCCUACGAGAAACCUAAUCCCCAGGCACCCACCUUCGUUCCACGAGCGAUGAGAGACGCAGCUGCCGCUGCAAGUUUACGAAUCGAGCAACAAGCUGAGGAAGACAUACGAGGACAUAGCUUUCCAAGAGAAACUUUUGUAGUUCAAAUUGACAAUUUAUUAUAUGACAUUAAUAUUUCAGUUUUGUUUAGAAAUCACGAGAGGACAAUAAAGAAGUCAGUCUCAAGUGGACAUAUACCUCUUCAACGAGCUAUAUGGGGGAGUGUGUUGAGAACUGACAGAUAAGCCUUUACAAUUAUAUAUUACAUAGAUAGAAUAGUUAUUAGUAUUAGUAUUAGCAAUAUCAAUUAUUAUUAGAGAUAUCACGUGACACUGUAACAAGAGACGAGUGAGAAUAGGUAGUGACUAGGGACACGCUGUGAGUGCAUCGAGCACGAGUAUUGUUGUUGUUGUAGAAUUAUAUUUUUAUUAAAUGGUUUUUAUUUUGUGACUUGUCGAGGACUACAGUUUGGAGGCAACAUUCUCGACACCUUCUCCUUUUCGGUAACGGACUGUCAGUUGGUAAGGCUGAAGUCGGAGAGCCCAUCUCUCUAUUCUUGCUGGAGGUUUAGAACUUGGGUUGCCAUAGAUGGACAGUAGAGGCUUGUGAUCGGUAUAGAUUGUCAAAGGCUUUCCGUAUAUGUACAGAUGAAGAUGUUCGCAGGCUCAGACGACAGCAAGGGCCUCGCGUUCUGUCUGGCUGUAACGCUGCUCUGUCUCAGAUAAGGAACGACUGGCAUAGGUGACAAUGUGGUGGGUACCGGUCUUUCCGUCCACUUGCGAGAGAAUGGCAGCUAAUCCAACAGGACUGGCGUCGACCGAGAUUUCAGUAUCUUUGCUUGGAUCAAAGUACGCCGUAACCGGUGCAUUCACCAAGGCUUCUUUCAGUUGGUCAACCGCGCUGUCGUGCUGCGAUGUCCACUCCCAAGGUUGAUCCUUGUGGGUCAGCUUGCGUAAUGGUUCGGUCUUGGUUGCAUAGUCCGGGAUAAAUCUGGAACAAUAAUUGGUCAUUCCCAAUAGGCUUCGACUUCGGAUACAGAUGUUGGUGUCUGUAGGUUGACGAUGUCGUCAAUUUUCUUAGGGUCUGGUGCAAUACCAUCUCCCGAGAAAACAUAACCAUAGAACUCGAGCUUGUGCUUGUUCAAUGUUAGACCGCGUUCUUUGAGCCUCUGGAAGACUGCUUCCAGACUUUGAUCGUGGGCGCUCUGCGUCUUUCCAAACACCAGAAUGUCGUCGCUAAUGUUGAGAGCUCCAGGGAUGCUUUCGAGAGUUUCACGAAUUACAUUCUGGAAAAUUUCGGCUGCGCUAGAAAUGCCAAAGUUCAAUCUCUUAUAUCGCAUUAGUCUAAUUUGCUGAAAACUUUGCCUCAUAUUAUCUAUUCCAUGUAGUCGGCCCCUACUAGCAUGCAAGUUCAUAUGAGACUUUCAAUUAUAAAGGGUUUACAUCAGAGGGUUGGGAUAUGUAUAUUAACUAGAAUGGCUCAUAUAAACUGAGUUUGGGUGAUGGUCGAGUGUCAUAGGUCGAGGUUCGAAAGUCGAGGGUCAAAAGUCGAGGUCGAAAGUACUAAAUUUUUAUCCAUUUUAAAAGUUUUACAACCAUUAAACGCGCAAAACAAUUAGUUUUGCUGUCAAACCUGAAAAAUUUCGCCUAUGGCUAUGCCGUAUGGCUAUGUACUGUAUAACUGAAAGUUUCGAUUGUGGAACUAAAAGUCUGAUGCGAGGUUUGAUGUUUGAAAGCAUACAUCUUUUCUACAAAAAAUGGCGUUUCACUCUCAUGAGAAACUGAUGAUAGGUAUUAUGUUAUCUCUUGGAGGCGAAAAUUCUUCAACUUAACUUAACGAUACUCCUCAAACCGCGUAUGGUUUUGGAGGUUGAAAGCGUUAGGGUGUGCGAGAAACAGUUGAUAUUUAUAUAUUUUAUAAUGCACCAGUCAAUGUAACCCCCCCCCCCUACCGGGGAGGAGCGGGGAUUUUGACUUAGAGGGGUAGUAAAAUAGCGAAAUUGUCCCCGCCUCCGGGGAAAGGGUAACUAAUAAAUGUCCCCGCAUGUCUCUCAACACCGGGAAGAUAGUUUUGUAUAUUUCAUAGUUCAGAAAAUCAAAUUCAUUUAUGUUAUUGUAUUUUAACUUUUCUUGUAAAGAAAACUAAAAUAGCAACACAGGAUAUAUAUGUUGACCACUGAAUUCAUUCCCCCGCUUUAGUCCCCGCAUCAUCUACCGAAAGAGAAAAUGUCAUCCAAGUCCCCCAUCAUCGGGGACAUAUUUACAAUCAAAACUGACCACUUUCCCCGCUAAAUCCCCGAUCCCUCCCCGGUUGGGGGGGGGGGGGCGUGGAUUUACAUUGACUGGUGCAUAACAUCGUAUUUAAAUGUAUGCAACCGGAAGUGCACAUGUUCGAUUGACAGUUUCCUAAUCAUAAUAUAGUUGCGAGAACGAUGUAGUGUAAUAAAAUGGAAACUUUCUUUAGUUGUUCUGUCAAAAAUAACAUGCACGAAGCACGAAUCUUUAUAACAGGGUGAUUUUAGUUCGGUUCAGAAUUAUCUCACGACCAUUUUGAGAGAUUUUUGCUGCGCUGGGACCCAAUUCGUUCUGAUAGUACAAUAAAUACAAUAUAUUUUCGAAUCACCCCACUGGCACCGUACGUUAUCGAAUAGUUUUAGUAACUUUACACUUUCUCCAAAAACGAACCUAAUUAUGCCCUAAGGCAUGUUCUGUACUAACAGUAAUAAAGUUAGUUAUCAGGAGAACCAUUAAAAUUUUGACAACAAAUGCCAAAAAUGUAGUAUUCUAGAAAUGUAUUAAAAAACUAAUAUUUCCCAUUUUCGACUACAUGCAAUAGAUAUUAAUAGUCAUAAUACGAGGCAACGUAUAAAAAGACAAUAUAAAAUAACGAAUAUUAAAAUGAUCAAAGCCGAUCGAUUCCUGUGGCUUUGAGAAUUACAAAUGCGAACACAUAUAUGUUUAGGAUUUAUUAUAAUACAUACUGACAUGAGCUUCCUGCAUCAAUAGCCAAAGCACAAACGAUUCUGCUAUACACUUUGUCUUCAACAAUGACUCUGCCUGGUGUGCCAUAUAAUACAGAAUAUUUCCCUUCUUCCAAUGCCUUCACUUCUUCAUCGCUCUCAAUUAAACUUAAUAAUGACACAGCACUGACUCCAGUUGUGAGAUUAACGAAAACAUCCUUCUUUUCGUUUACAAUGGAAUGAAAAGCCUUCUUCUGAUACGCGCAGUAUUAAAACUUUCAAAUUUAAAAAUACUACAGACUUGUUGAUAUAAAUAGCCCAUGCGUGUGAAGGUCAAUGAAGGUCGAUGUUCCAAUUAUCGUGUACAUGAUUGUGAUUGGUUAAUUGCCGGGAAGUCAAAUGUAUAGCGAAUGUGAGCAGACGUUAGGUGGGGCCUCGGCCACUAACAACGUCUGCACAGGAAGCUAGGUCAAAUUAUGGUUGACAAGUCUCCAAACAGAAUCAAUUUGUUGUCAUAGAUCGAGUUGCAUGUAGCAAUUAGCACUUGUAUUGUUUGAGGUCGAUAGACUAGUAGACUACAGGGACAGGAACUUUUCCACAGCUGUUUGUGUUUAUCUGAAUAGCUAACAGUUCAAGGUUGUUGCUCUUCGUCAUAGCAAGAGGUUCGCAUCGUAAAUUACUAGAGACCUUACGAUUUUAGGACGGCAACGCGACGACCAAAACAAACUCCUUCAAAUACUAUGAAUGGUAGUAAAGAUAGUAAAGCAAAACUCAAAGACCAUUUUGAGCCGCAAAAGAAUCGUCGAUACGAAGUGUUUAAAUUUCGCGAAGCUAAACAAGAACCGAAUGAAACGCUUGACCAAUUUCAUACUCGAUUACGGUCGUUGGCGCAGACGUGCACCUUUGCUGAUGCUGAUUUCGAAAUAGAACAACAGAUUAUUAUGGCGGGUACUUCAUCACGAAUACGAAAGAAAGCUUUACGAGACCCUACAUAUAUUCUGAAAGAUAUUCUCGUUGAUGGACGGCGUGAUGAACAAAGCGCAUAUCAGGCACGAGAUAUCGAGGCGAAAGAACCGAAAUACGACAAUUUAAACGAAGUGAAAUCGAAGCAACAAUGUCAUUUCUGUGGAGGUUCAUACCCACACAAAGGAACUUGCCCAGCAAAAGGGAAAGACUGUCGUAAAUGCGGGAAGCAAAAUCAUUUCGCGAAGGUUUGUCGGGGAAAACCGAAACAACCGAAGCCUCAGUAUUACAAGAAACGAGAGCAAAAAGAAAGCAAACGAUCCAUAAAUCCGCUUAAACCUACGGACAGUGAUUCCGAUUCAAGCUCAGACGACUAUUUGUACGCAGUAAAAAGUAACAAAACACCGAAGGUUCGCGUGACAGUGUGUAAACAUUCAUUCGACGCGACAAUAGAUACGGGCGCAACAAUUAACGUCAUUGACAAAACAACAUUUGAUAGAAUGGACGGAGUUGAGCUUAAGAAAACAAACAUCAAAGCGUUUGCUUAUAAUGCACAAGAACCAGUUAAAUUCCAAGGGAAAUUCGAAGCUACAAUCGAGACUCGAAAGCGUGUCGCCGUUGCAACCUUUUAUGUGGCACAAACGCCAGACAGUGGAAAUCUGAUAUCUGCCACAACUGCCCAAGAUCUCGGGUUAAUCAGCCUACACAUUAACAAGGUGUCAAAGUCUAAAGAUGCAAAAAUUGACAAAAUGUUAUCGAAACAUGCGAAAGUAUUCAGUGGUUUGGGAAAAUUAAAGGACGAGAAAGUCAAACUGAACAUAGACCAAAGUCAGCAACCUAAAGCCCAACCGCAAAGGCGUAUCCCAUACCACAUUCGCGAGAAAGUGACAUGCGCAUUGGAAGAAUUAGAAAAGGAUGACAUCAUAGAACGGGUACCUGAAAACCAACCUACCCCAUGGGUAUCCCCCAUUGUAGCUGUACCAAAGAAAGACGGUAACGUAAGAAUUUGUGUAGACAUGAGACAAGCUAACGAAGCUAUAAAACGUGUGAGACAUCCAAUCCCUACAGUGGAAGACAUAAGCUUAGAACUAAAUGGUGCCAAAUGGUUUUCAAAACUAGACUUGUCGCAGGCAUAUCACCAACUAGAACUGGAUGAGGCUAGCCGGUAUAUCACAACUUUCAGCACACACGAAGGCUUAUUUCGAUAUAAACGCCUGAAUUAUGGUACCAAUGCGGCGGCAGAGAUUUUCCAAUAUACGUUGCAACAACAACUACAAGGUUUAUCCGGUGUGCAGAACAUCGCAGAUGAUAUCAUAGUCUAUGGCAAAACACGCGAGGAGCACGAUAUCAAUUUAGACAAGUGUUUACAACGCUUAUUCGACCGAGGGUUUCGUCUCAACCAAUCGAAAUGUAGUUUUUUAACUAGAACAUUAAAGUUCUUCGGACAGAUCUUUUCAGCCAGUGGUACACAACCAGACCCCAUACGUGUGAAAGACUUACAAGACGCACCAAAACCCACAAAUGUUCACGCUGUACGAAGUCUAUUAGGAAUGGCGAACUAUAGCAGUAAGUAUAUUGCUAACUUUUCAACAAUAACAGCGCCAUUGCGUGAAUUAACAAAGAAAAAUGCACAGUUUGAGUGGAAAGACAUCCAUCAAAAGGCAUUUGAACAAUUAACUACAGCGUUAUCGUCAGCACAAUGCAUGGCAUACUUCGAUACACACGUAUGUAACAGUUGAUGCCAGCCCAGUUGGCAUAUCUGCAAUCUUAUCACAAAAAACGAAGGGAAUGGAGGAUGACAAGGUAAUAUCAUAUGCAAGUCGAGCGUUGACAGACGUUGAGAAGAGAUAUUCUCAAACUGAAAAAGAAGCACUUGCCAUAGUAUGGGGUGCAGAGCACUUCCAUUUAUACCUGUAUGGCAAAGACUUCACAUUAGUAACAGAUCAUAAGCCUCUCGAAGUGAUCUAUGGAAAUAAGAGAGCAAAGUCGUCAGCGCGCAUAGAACGUUGGGUAUUACGUUUACAGCCGUAUUCAUUCAAAGUAAUAUACAGACCAGGAGUUACAAAUCCAGCAGACUACCUCUCCCGACAUCCAACACAGACAAGUUGUAAACAACAGAAAAUGACAGAAGGAUAUGUCAAUUUCAUUGCUUCAAAUAGCGUACCAAAAGCAAUGACCAUGGAUGAAAUCGUAACUGCCACUGAUUCAGAUAGAGUCCUGAAAGGGGUGAGAGCUGCAAUAAAGUUAAACAAGUGGGACUAUGACAUUGUAAAACCCUACAAAGCAAUUAAAGAUGAAAUAACAGUUACAUCAAAGGGACUAAUCUUGCGUGGAACUCGAAUUGUCCUUCCACAGUCGUUACAACAAAGGGCAAUUGAUCUUGCUCAUGAAAGUCACCUAGGACUUUCGAAGACGAAAGCAUUACUAAGAGAAAAGAUAUGGUUUCCGAACAUUGAUAAACUAGUUAAAAGUACACUCGAAAGAUGUUUACCAUGUCAAGCAGUUGGUAAACCACCACCACCAGAACCGUUAGCUAUGACAGAAAUGCCCAAAGGACCAUGGGAGAUGGUUCAUCUUGAUUUCUAUGGCCCAUUACCCACAGGCGAGUAUUUACUAGUGGUUAUAGAUCGAUAUUCGAGAUAUCCGGAAGUAGAAAUAGUGCGAUCAACUAAGGCAUCUACAGUUAUCCCAAAGUUGGAUAAGAUCUUUGCUACACAUGGCAUACCAAGUAUUGUUAAAUCGGACAAUGGUCCACCAUUUAACGGAGAAGAAUAUCGGAGAUAUCUUGAGACACUUGGUAUCAAACCAGAGUUCUCAACACCAUACUGGCCGCAAGGAAAUGCGGAGGCCGAAAGGUUCAUGCAACCUCUUGGUAAAGCCUUAAAGACAGCGCAUUUACAAGGGCGACCUUGGCAGCAAGAACUAAGUCGAUUCCUGUUACAAUACCGAACAGCACCACACACAUCGAAAGGAGUAGCACCAUCAGAACUACUCUUUAAUCGAACAGUCAAGGGUAAACUACCAGUUUUAAAGAAACGAAACGUAGUAAACAAACACAAGCAAGCUCGGGCAAACGAGAGCAAGAAACAGCAAUACAACAAAGUAUACGCAGACCACAGACGAAAUGUGAGGACGAGUGACAUUCGUAUAGGUAAUUGUGUACUAGUCAGACAAGAACGACAGAACAAGUUAACAUCGAGAUUCAAUACUACGCCAUAUACAGUUACAACCAGAAACAAGUCGAAAGUCACUGCACGAAGUAGACACACGAUCACAAGGAACGUAUCGCAUUUCAAACGUAUCCCUAAACAGUAUGAAUCGGAUACCGAUGAUGAAAGAACAACGGUGAACAAUGAUCAAGGGCAAAAUGAAACUGGAGAUAACCAAGAUCAACUCCCAGUAGUUCCAACCAGAAGGUCCGGACGUGAAAGAAGAAUCCCAGAACGUUAUGGACAACCUUUAAGUUGGACAUUAAACUUAUAA